UUUUGAUGAUUUAUUAAUUUUGAACUUUUUAACAUCAAAUCAAUGAGAAGUAAACUAGUGCUUGUUCAAAUCAACAAAUAUUAUUCAAAAUAAAAGGAAAAAGAUAAAAAUUAAACAGUAAACUGAUAACUUACGAUACGUACAGUAGAAAUACAAUAAUUAUCAACAAUAGAAAGACGAAACAUGAAAAAUGGUUAUUAGUUGCGUGUUUCAUUGUGUUUUAUUUAUAAAUCUACAAAGAACAUACUUACCCUUUCUAAUUAAAUAGUAGAAUCUUAUAACAGUGCCCUUGUGACUUAUUGCGGAACAUCGUAGAGAUAAUAGAAGACCAGAAUGUCUUUUAUAUUGAAUAUAAAUUGGAAAUGGGAAGAUAUGUGCGGGCCUGGAGGGCUUCAUCCAUGGAAUGAUGCCACGAAAGACUUCAGCGUGUGUUUUCAAGAGCUAUUCUUACAAGUACCAGUGUACUUUAUAAUAGCUAUAGUAUCAGGGUAUUUUGUUGGAUAUCGAAAAGAUUGGGUGAUACGAGAAAAAACUCAAGAACGUGCCAUAAUAUUUCGAAGUUUUGUUGUUUUAGGCUUAGCCUUCAUACCGAUCAUAGAAAUAUAUAUAUUUACUACCAAACCUGACUUCACUCUAUAUCCAGUAGACUAUUUUGCUGCUGGUUCAUCCUGUUUAGCAUGGCUGGUGCACUUUGGAUAUGUUUUAGCAUUGAAACACCGUCUUGGGCGUAGCUCUCGAGGUCCAGUAAUGCAAUUAUUUUUAUGGUGCUGUACAGUUCUUUUAAACCUGAUAGCUCUCCGUAGCAACAUCAUUUCUGGUUCACAAACAGGUUUCAAUACAGCUGCAUUAUGUUGUCACGUACUGUAUUUUUUAACUCUGAUUCCUUCAAAUUACUCACGACCAACAUUUUACUCGCCAUGCUUAGUAGGCUCCCAACACUCUCAUAGCGAGUACACUCCACUGAUACCCCAUGUAGAUGAUGAUGUUCUUGGUACAGCUAUGCAGGGCAACAGCUUUUUUUCAAAGUUGAUGUUUACUUGGGUGAACCCUUUGCUACAAAAAGGUCUGGAGAAUAAACUAAAAGAUCCUGAAGAACUUUUCGACAUACCAGCAGAAUAUCGUAGUUCAUAUAUUGGUGCCAGAAUGGAUCGAGCAUUGGUUGGAAAUGUUGAUCAUCACCAACAAUAUGCUGAUAUACCACAUGAACCUUUUAUAAGCACAGGAUAUGGAGCUAUAGGUGAAACAGUGCCACAAGCCUCAACACCUGUAACAUCAACAUCACGAGUUCGGGUCCACCCCGUACGACGACAAAAUGUUUCCUUAUUACGAGCACUGCAUAAGGUUUUUGCAGUAGAGUUUUACAGUAUUGGUUUACUUAAAUUGGUAUCUGAUAUGGCAGGUUUUGCAGGACCUCUUUUAUUGAAUAAGUUGGUUGAAUUUGUUGAAGAUACUACAAUUGAUGAACAUAUUGGGUAUACUUUUGCAGUUAGUCUUUUGAUAGCAACAUUAGGAUCGACCAUAUUUAUUGUCCAAUUUAAUUGGUUAAUGUCCAUAAUUGGACUAAAGAUGCGUGGUGCGCUAGUCACCACCAUUCUAAGGAAAACCUUAAGUGUGACUUCAACUGAGCUGACUAAAGCGUUCUCUGUUGGUGAAAUAACAAAUUUUAUGUCUACUGAUACUGAUAGGAUUGUGAAUUCAUGUCCUAGUUUUCAUGCUCUAUGGAGUAUACCAUUACAGUUAUUUAUAACACUGUUUUUAUUGUAUCAACAAGUGGGACUAUCUUUCCUUGCUGGAGUAGGCUUUUCAGUUAUUCUAAUACCAAUAAACAAACUUAUUGCAAAUAAAAUUGGGCAAUUAAGCACAGAGUUGAUGAAGCAUAAGGACACUAGAGUCAGUUUGAUCAGUGAUUUGCUAAAAGGAAUUAGAACUGUAAAGGUUCAUGUUUGGGAAGAUUAUUUUGUGGACAGAGUAUCAGGGGCACGUGCAGAAGAGAUGCGUUACCUCCGAGGCCGCAAGUAUUUGGACGCGGUAUGUGUUGUAUUGUGGGCUACAACACCGGUGCUGGUCGCAGCACUGACGCUUGGUACACAUGCGCUGCGGGGACAACCCCUAGAAGCACCGACUGUAUUUACAACAGUUGCCUUAAUAAAUAUGUUGAUAGCUCCAUUGAAUGCGUUUCCUUGGGUCCUGAACGGCCUCACAGAGGCUUGGGUUUCAAUAAAACGAAUACAGAAGCUUUUGGAUUUACCGGACAUGAAUUCGGAGGAGUACUACGACCGUGUCAACGUGAACAGAGAUGAAGAUAAAAUAAUAAUAUUCAGAAACGCUACUUUUGCGUGGGCCAGACCUAUGAAACGAGAUAAUAUGAAGUUAAAUAAAGAAAAGGGGAAGUCGAAUAAGAAUAAACGAAAGCUUAAUAUUCAGAGGAGUGAUUCUCUCACGUCCGAAGAAGGCGGACAAGAUGCGCCCUUUACAUUGAAGGAUAUAUCAUUAGAAAUUGGAAGAGAAGAAUUUAUAGGUGUGACCGGAUCUAUUGGUAGCGGAAAAACAUCUUUACUGCUGGCUGUUAUUGGUGAAAUGUUAAAGAAAAAUGGAGAUCUUCAACUUCCAGAAAGUCUCAACAGCUUUGGAUACGUAGCACAAAAGCCAUGGUUAAUACGUGGGACUAUUCGUGAUAAUAUUUUGUUCGGGAAACCUUAUGACGAAACAAAAUUUAAAUCGGUGAUCGACGCAUGUGCUUUAACAGAAGAUUUAAAUGUACUCGGUUGGAACGCGUAUGUCGGUGAAGGUGGAUGUACGCUAAGCGGAGGACAGCGUGCUAGAAUCGCUUUGGCACGAGCUGUAUAUCAAGAUAAACAAGUAUACUUAUUGGACGAUGUGUUGGCGGGUCUGGAUGCCCGUGUGUCGCAGCACGUGUUACAACACUGCCUGAUGGGCUUGUUGCGACACACGACGCGACUGUUCGUCGCACAAUCACCGAAACAUCUAGCUAGAGUCUCACGUCUACUGGUACUGCGUGAAGGCCGUAUAGUUAACGAAGGACCCCCUGAAAUGAUCUUACACGAUAUUGAGGAAUAUUUGCCAAGUGAUUCAGAAUCUUUGGGAGACGAUCUUCCUAGGCAAAAACAGAUUGAACAAUCUGAUGAAGAUAACAUCAGCAGAAAUAGCUUGGAUGAUGAAGAAACAGUGUCAGAAGGAACCGUCGGUUUUUGGGUCAUUGGAUUAUAUUUGAAAUCAGUUGGAAUAUUUCUCACUGUCGCAAUAACGCUAUCUCUAAUACUAAUGCAAGUCUCGCAGAAUUUCACAUUCUUUUGGCUAACGAUAUGGUUGAAGAACAGAACUAAGAAUUCUACAGCUCUGACCGACUCUGAGUUCAAUUUUCACGAGAACACGACUGUUCUAGACCAUAGCUUUAACGCUGUAGACGGCAUCGUUCAUAAACUCAUCAACACGACAAUGAUGUUGAUAAAUUCUAUUGACGGGCAUAAAAACAAUGUCAGCGAGCCAUCAUUAAGCUCGACCCUCACUAAUGCCCGUGCGACACUAGAAAUCAGUAUACCACAGUACAACGACAACUUCUACUUGGAAGCGUACUUCGGAUUGGCUGGAUUAAAUCUUGUGUUCACUGUAAUGAGGGCUUUCCUCUUCGCUUAUGGAGGCGUGAAAGCAGCUACUAAAAUACACAAAGUGCUUUUGAAAGUUAUUGUCAGGGCACAAGUGAAAUUUUUUGACGUCACUCCUAUUGGAAGAAUUGUUAAUCGUUUUUCAUCUGACACGUAUACAGUUGACGAUUCGUUACCUUUUAUUUUGAAUAUACUUUUGGCUCAAUUCUUUUCUCUCAUUGGCGCACUGGCGGUGACAAUAUACGGGUUGCCGUGGCUGCUGGUGGGCGUGGCGCCCCUCGCCUUCGUGUACUACCGGCUGCAGCGCGUCUACCGCAUCACCUCGCGACAACUGAAACGUCUACAGAGCGUCACUCUCUCCCCUAUCUACACGCACUUCAACGACACCCUCGAAGGUUUGAGUAGCAUACGCGCGCUGGGCGGCGCGGCGGCGUGGGAGGAGCGCGGCUGCGAACUCGUGGAGUCGUGGCAGCGUGCGGCGCUCAGCGCGAGCGGCGCGGCGCAGUGGCUGGCGCUGCGACUGCAGGCCGCCGCCGCCGUUCUCGUGGUAGCGGCCGCCGCGCUGGCUGUGCUGCAGAGGACGCUGCACACCGCCGACCCAGGGUUGGUGGGUCUGGCGAUAUCCUACGCGCUAUCCAUGACUUCGAUGUUGAGCAAUGUGCUCAAUUCUUUUACGGAAACCGAACGAGAAAUGAUAGCCGUCGAAAGGGUAGGAGAAUAUAUUAGACAGGUUGAAAUUGAGAGUGUCGACGGUGAAUCUCCUCCAUACGGUUGGCCGUCACAUGGCGUUGUUGAGUUUGAUGAUGUCCACCUUAACUACAGUGUCCGCGAGAGGGCGACGGCUGCGUUGUGCGGCGUGUCGUUCACGAGCUGGGCCGGCGAGAAGCUCGGCGUCGUGGGACGCACUGGCGCCGGGAAGAGCUCGCUGCUCGCCGCGCUGCUCCGGCUGGCGCCGCUCUCGCGGGGGACAGUGCGAGUCGACGGCGUCGACGUACACAAGCUACAUCUGCAUUCACUCAGGUCUCGUAUCGGAGUGAUACCGCAGGAGCCGUUCAUAUUCAGCGGCUCGAUCCGCGAGAACGUGGACCCGCUCCGUCAGUACUCGGAGACGGAGGUGUGGCGCGCGCUGGAGGCGUGCGGGGUGAGGGACGCGGUGUCGGCCCGCGGCGGCCUGCACCACUCCGCCGCCUCGCUGUCCCGCGGCCACGCGCAGCUGCUGUGUCUCACGCGAGCGCUGCUGCAGCGCGCCAAGGUUCUUUUGGUUGACGAAGCCACCGCGAACCUCGACCAAGAUACCGAGCGAUUGAUCCUUGAUACGAUUCGGUGUUCGUUCAGCGGCGCGACGGUCCUGUUCGUGGCGCACCGACUGGCCGGCGUGCUGGAGUGCUCGCGCGUGCUCGUGCUCGGCGGGGGGAAGGUUCUGGAACUGCGCACGCCCGACGACGCGCUUUCCGAUCAAACCUCUUACUUUUACAACAUGCUCUACGCUUCAUAGAUAGAUAGCGGUAGGUAGCGGCUUGGCUCUGCCCCUGGCAUUGCUGAAGUCUAUGGGCGACGGUAACCACUCACCAUCAGGUGGGUCGUAUGCUCGCCUGCCUACAAGGAUAAUGCCACUUUCUUAUGAACAAUAUACAUGGCUCAAGUAAAAAUGUACACAAUAAGUUCUCUUAUUUAUUAGCAUCGUAUAUGAGCAUGAGCAUGCGCAUGUUUGAUUGUAUUUUCGCCAAAGUUGAUAAUUUUCAAAAUCUUAACUGUUUUAUAUUGUUUUUUAUUGAUCCGCAUUAAAAUGAAUAUGAUAAUGUAGAGAUAAAAAAGUAUAUUUUUAAUUUAAGUGUUUUUAGGUUUAAGUUAUUUUUUUCUGAAAUUAUUAUCAGACUGAGUUUCGAACUAGUCUUGUUAUUAUUGGUCCAUUCAUUUGUUUCACAUUUAAUUAAUAUAGGUUAAACAGUCUUAAUAUAUUAUUAGGUAACAUGGGCAGAGACCAGCCCACUUCAUUCUAAAGUUAAUAGUUACCCACGUUACAUAGAUGUAAAUAUAAAUUGAUAUAGCCACACGCGUCUUUGAAAAUUAGCGUCACUGGCUUACUUUAAAAUGAGAUAUAACUUUUAAAUUCAUUAUCAACUAAAAUUACGAGUAAUUUAUUGUAUUCUCUAUUUCCGUUUUUAUCUAUUCUUCCUAAAUUUAAUGUAUCACACACACAAUCCCAUUCUUUUCAUUGUUGUAUUAUUUUUAAAUAUUCCAUUAUUGAUUAUAUUUUAACAUAAUAAAUUUGCGUUAGACCGCCGCCUAUUUCAAAUGAUCAUGGCCGAUAUGUUAGUUUUUUAACUUCCUUUUCACCUUACUAAAAAUAACUACUAAACCGCCAGUUUUUAAUUAAAAAUAAUAAACAUGAUUUGUAAAAUUUUAUGACGAAGCUUUUUCACUCGUGGUAGGACCU